GUGACUCAGGGAGACACGGACUCUGCUUGGCGCACCAAUGGGCCCCUUGCCCAUAAGGGGAGAAACGUCUCUUCCGGUGACCUUGGGCUGCCGCCUCAGAAGCACAACGGAACCUGGAGAGGCGCAGGAACCAGCCCAGGAGCACCGCCCGACUGAGUGGUUCACAGAAGAGUUUAAAAUCAAGCCGCGCCCUGCGUCCCCAUCCAAGCCGUGCAUUACUGACCAGAUGACCUCUCCUGACCACAGGUCCCUCGGCCAGGCAGCAGGGCAUCGUCAGCAGCUGGAGAGCGGCCCGCUGGGAGCCCCAGGGACCGUCCGGCCUUGCUCCCGGCUCACCUGCAAGAUGUGGGCAGCCCUGGUGCUCGUUUGCAUUUCCUCCUUGUCCUUAUCCGAAUGGUACUUAGUCCUCAGCGAGACGCAGGAUAAUUCAGUCAGGAAACGUGCAGCUGGGGAGACGACCAAAAGCCUCUUCAAUGAAACGUCUGAAGAAACGAGCACGGUGGCACCCUCUCCUGCCACGCUGGCCAGAGAGACUUCAGUGGCCAACCCCGGCCCCACUACAGUCACAGCAAGGACAGCUCCCAGGACAGAUGUGGGCACUUCGGCAGCCACGGCGGGUGCGCCUGACCUCACGGCCUCCGGGGUGCCCACACCAUGGGCCCCGACGGCACAGCCGGCUCCAUCCGCCACGGCUGCUCUCAGCACGCCCAGCUCGCACCCAGGAGCCACGCCUCCGCCAGCUGCUGCCACCACGGCAAACGCAAGCAGCCCCAUGGGCACACAGAGCCCUUCCGAGCACACACCCAGCCACCCCACGGCCAGCCCCACGACCCCCAGGAACCUCCGAACACUUAACACGCCCACACAAGGCCCUGCCCUCCAGGCGGCCUCAGUCGGGCCUGUGACAGACGAGCCCAUAGCCCCCUCCAUGAACACACCUCCCUCUGUGGCUUCUGUGUCCACAACAGCGGUGACUGCCACCAAGUCACAAGCCAAAGGGCCAGCUGCCACCACAGUGCCUCAUGCCAGCUCGACCCUUCUGGUGGGGGCCACGUCCCCCACGACCCAGCCAAGCCCUGCUUCAUCUUCCUGGGGGCCCACUGGGCCAGGCACACCCCAGACACCGGAGCAGGGCCAGCCCGAAGCCACAAGUGGUACCGCUCCCACCGAGCCAACUGCCGGAAACUCGGGGGACUCAAAGGUGCCAGCCACGGACUCAUGCCAGCUCAGCACCCAAGGCCAGUACCUGGUGGUCACCACCAGGCCCCUGACGCUGUCGGUGAACAGAAGCUCCCUGCUGGCGGUGCUCUUGCUCGGGGUGACCCUUUUCUUCACAGUGCUGGUUCUGUUUGCCCUGCAAGCCUACGAGAGCUACAGGAAGAAGGGUUACACGCAGGUGGACUACCUAAUCAACGGGAUGUACGCGGACUCAGAGAUGUGAGGGGCGGCGGGCGGGCCGCUCCCGCCCGGCCUGCCCUCCUCCCGUUUCCCCAGAGACCAAACCAAGUGCUUCCAAAUUCUUUGGUGCAAUUUAGCGGACGUGCCGGAUGCUUAAACACGUCCAGUUACUGUCAGGGUAAUUCCGCAGUCGCUGAAGAGUUGCUGCUUUUUCAUAUUUAUUUUUGUAAACGAUCGUGACUGAGCAGGCAGUGAUUCGGCCACAGGGUGGGGUGGGCGGGCCCCGGGGGGGUCCAAUCGUGGCCAGAAUUAAAGCAACGACUGCUUUCCAUUCA